GGCAAAGGUCCGCGUCUGUGUUGGCGGCGUUGGGCUCAAUUGACCGAUGAGCACCCGCUGUGCACUCAGGAAGCCGACCAUCCAAACACACACACACGACAAGAGGGGCAGUCUGAAGUCUAUCAGGCACACCACCCGCCCCCCAACACGCACAACCAAACCCAACGAACACCGAAGCAGACACCCGCACGUCAACUGGAACCGACACAGACACCAAAUAGACAGAAAGACACACCGCACACAUCAGGUCAUGGCACACUUAUCUCCCCCGCCCUUUGAUCUCUCUGCACCGCAACACAAAAGUGGCAGCUGCUGUCUGUCAGGCAAACCCAGCUGGACAGACGAAAGGCCUUACACACUCCACACACAUCAGACCAGAAAACCCUAUCGCUUGUACUUCUUCAUGAUCCCUCUGAUCUCCGGCCUGCCCUCCCCCCAAUCCCACGGCGUCUUCCCCUGUUGUGAUGAGAUGAGAUGAGAUGAGAUGAGCACACACCACUCAGCCCAUCGAUGGUGUGAAUGUCUGUGUGCACUCACCCUGUUGUUUUUGAUGUCCAGCAGAGCACCGCCCCCCCACUCGAGCCUUUGAGAAUGACACACACAGACACAGAGAGAGAGAGAGAGAGGAUGAGAUGUUCGCGUCAGUCAGUCAUCUGUAUCGCCCACAGCUGAGACACAGCCGCAGAUUUGUCCCAGUGUGCAGCCCAAUGGAGUGCCGUGUCUCCGUCCUGUGUGUGUCAUGCACACAAAGGCAAAGGCAAUCAAUCAGUGAGAGAAGACUGUGUUGUCUCACCUUGUCCGUCUGUGUGAGCAGGUCCUUUCGUUUGGCAUACAGGGCCUUCAACACAUCGACGUGACCCUUGUUGCAAACCGCCAUUAUGAAUGGCGUCUUGCCAUCCUGCAAUCAACACACACACGCACACAAUCGACACACUGAGGCGUCAGAGACAUGUGUGUGCUCUGUUACCUUGUCGCGUGCAUCGAUCAGUUUGGGAUCCCACUCCAGCAACUUAUUGACCGCCGCAGCAUGGCCCUUCAUGGCAGCAUAGUGCAUGGCAUUCCAACCAUACGGCUGCAUUCCAUCACAGCCAACACACAUUUUCUCUCACCAUCAGCAGUACACAAGAUGGUUUGUCUGUGUUGGUACCGAGGUCUCUGUUUGCUGCAGUACGUCAGGUUUGCUCUCAUACAUAGCCGACAUGACGCCCACGUGACCCUCCCAUGCAGCCUUGAGAAAGGGUGUCCACUGCCGAAAUGAGAACACACAGACAGACGACUGAGGGAACUUCUGUCGUCUUCACGAUUGCAUACCUCGUUGUUGUCUCGUUUGUCGAGUAUGUUCUUGCCAUCCCUCUUGAUCAGUAAACGAACGGACUGCUCAUCGGCGAACUUGACGGCAUCAAACAUGUCAGUCUGCCACACAACCAGCACAAGAACAGCGGCCCAUUGACGUGUGGGGUUCAGCUGCUGUCUCCCUGACGUGUUUGAUCUUCGGCUGUGGGGCGCCCGGCGGUGUCUUCACUGACGGCUGCUGGGCGGGGGGCGCUGCACGGCACACAGAUCAUGUGGUGCUGUGGCUCUGUGUGUGUGUGUGUGUGUCUCAUAGACCUAUGUGCUGUGAGGGCGGCUGAGAGGCCUUAGCCACACUCGGCGGUCCCGUUGUGGUGCUGGCCGUGCUCAUGUGGACACCCGACGAGUGCCCGACGGCAGACACAUUGGUGGACGAUGCACCUGUCGGAGAAUGCGAAACAGCCGCUGGAGGCCAGAACGAGACAAAAUGACAAACACGUAUGCGAUCGAUCGUGUGCAGCUUAAGCAUGUGUAGACGCACCUUGUCGUUUGAAACUUCCUAAUAGCCACCCCAUCGGGCCCUUCCGCGACUGCGUUGCAGCCCCCGUCCCCUGUUCAAUUGCGGGCGUCCCCUCAUGAGUUCCAGGAAUGUCCGAGAUCCCCAGCGAGUCGAGAAUCUGUCAUCAAGACGGAACAAUAAUACGUACCCCUCCUCCUUCCCUCUCUGAGUGAGUGCAUGUGACUUGUUUGGCUGUGGGCCGAUCAGCGGGGUUUCGGGCAAAGCAACUCUGAUACAACGUCCAUCCCACACAGUGAGAGACAAGAACCGCUGAGCUCAGCAAUCGACGUUGGAGUAGCAUAAUAUCUGUUUACCUUGAUGACCCCUUUGGCCUUUGCGGGAACGGAGUUGGGGAUCUCGGGCGCCUGGAAAUAGCCGCAAUCACAUGCUGUCACGUUCCAUGCAUCUCCUUUGAAUCACCUCUCUGUAGUUGACGACUUUCUCCAUGAGUUCGUCCAUCGAGACGCCGUGCAGCUGACAAAUGAUGACUCCGACGGCCCACAUAUCCGCCUUGGUGGUCAGUUUAGCUGUGGAACACGUCACGCCAUUCAUUGAUGUGGCGUCAUUUAGGUGGCGCUUACCGUUCGUUUUAAGCGCCUCUGGAGGCAUAUACAACCACGUCCCAGCAGCUGCAUGUAGACGUGUGACAUACACAUAGAUUUAGGCAUCCUUCUCAUAUGUGUCUCUCUUUACCGCCUUGCACGGACAUCGCCGUCUUGCUCAGAUCAAUCACCAGGCCAAAGUCCGUGAUCCUGAUUAUCAACUCUUUGGUCACCUGCAUUGCAAACAAACGGCAAAUGAACGGUCAAAAGGAAUGACAGCUCAGUGUGCAGCUUACCAGUAUGUUGUCGGGUUUAAGAUCGCGAUGGACAAUGUCAAAGUUGUGAAAGGCUUGCACGCCCUCGCAAAUCUGUCAUCGAGAGGCGGUCUUCAUUCGGGUCAGUUUGCUCUCUUUGGUGUGUCACCUGUUUGAUGAAUUUGUCACGGAGGUCGGCUGGCAGCGGCUUCCCUGUCUCGAGGUACGCCUGCAGCGGGCCGGCCUCGCACAGCUCUGACGCAGAAAGGCGACAAGCAGGCAGAAUGUGACAGGAAGACCAGCCAAAGAGAGGGUCUUUACUCCUAGUACCUGUGACGAUUAUGGGCCCGUAGGUCCUGUGUGAGCAGAUGCCCAGGAACUUGAUGACAUUCGGGUGCUUCAGGUACAGCACCAAGGGCUCCACCUCCUUCAAGACGUCAUCGUAGAGCUCCUGUGCCAGUGAACAGAUGACAGCAGCUUCUGUCAAAGGUGUCACUGACAAUAAUGUGGGUUCCUCACAUUCAGAUCUGCUUGGCUUCUUUUCCCCUCCGCGACGACCUUGACAGCCACAGGGUGACCCUUCCACUUACCCUUGUACACAAUCCCGAAGGUCCCUCCCCCUGUAGUCGCACGACAUCAGGCUCAGUGAUGACAUCUAUCGCUACAUGAAGGUCUCGAGCUCACCGAGUUUGUCUGCCUCACUGAAUGUGCACGUGAGCUCCUUGGGACCUAUGCGGAGGCGGGGUUGCAGAUCAGACGCCACAACAGAGGGGGAACUGGCAGCGGUCCGGUG